ACAUAUUUCACUCAUUUGGGUCAAUGGACACAACAUAACCAAUCAGAUCAUAACGGAAUCAUUCAGUCCAUCACUUAUGUCGAUAUCGGGAGUCAUGUGCGGCCCUCACAACAGACUCAUUCAACACGACCACCAAAACCAUCACAGCCUCAAAGAACCACCACUUUUGCUAAUACCACCAGAACUAACGGCACCAAUAGUUCCAACCUUUACAGGCCAUACACUGCUAAUCGUACCACUACUCAGAGUACGGGUAACAAAAGCACUCGCUUUGCAAACACUACAUCCAGUUAUGACACCAAUUCAUCGGAUGGCAGUGAACCAGAAAUCAUCAAUUUGUCUGAUUCUCCUCCUCCUGCCAUCACUCAUAACCCCAUUGUUCCGUCGAAACCAUCGAAUUCAAUGCCAUAUAAGUUGCCGACCACUGGAAGGGUGGGUCAAAGUGUGGCCCAGAGUACAAACUUUUCGUGUGAGUUUGCCGACUGUGAGUUCAAAACUACCAGUAAAGACAAACUCCAGUUCCACGUUAACGCUCACAUCAACUCUAAAUAUAAGGUUGGUAACAUUCUCAACGAUAUCAUCCGUCACAUCCAAAAGAGCAAAAAGCACGAGAACCUGAAGGUCUAUGAAUGUCGCGAGUGCUCGUAUGGGACCAACUGUUUGUCGUCAUUCAAAGAGCAUUUGUCGCGAAGACAUUUCGAUGACUCCGAUGAAGAGGAUGAGGUGAACGACUACAUCACUGAUAUGUUCCAGCAUUUGUCGCGAAGACAUUUCGAUGACUCCGAUGAAGAGGAUGAGGUGAACGACUACAUCACUGAUAUGUUCCGUAACCAUCACUCCACUAAUGAUAAAAGUGAUACCGAGUAG